UGUUGCUUCUAUAUCAACCAAAUGGCUUUGCAUAGACCAUGAAUCAUACAAUUAGCAGGAUUUCACCAUUCGUGUUGUAUCCUCCUCAAGUAUAAGCUCUUAUACAUGUCCAAAGCGCUGUCGAGGUGUGAUAACGCAGCGCCAUGUUGACAGCACAGAAAGCGUGUGCGUCCUUGGCUGCCCAGCGGUUACUAGUCGCUGCCCGCACCGCUCCCUGUCUAGACACUUAUCAGGGCAGACGUUUCUGGACCGCGACAGCGCGGCGCGAUGAGAUCAAGCUGCACGAAAGCUGGGCUAACCUGGCCAAGAAACAGCUGAAAGGGAAGAACCCAGAGGACCUGAUCUGGCGCACGCCGGAGGGCAUCUCCAUCAAGCCAGUGUACACUAAAGUCGACUCAGCAGCUGGUGCUGAUGAACUUCCAGGCGUGUUCCCCUUCACUCGGGGUCCUUACCCCACUAUGUACACGUUCAGGCCCUGGACGAUUAGACAGUAUGCCGGCUUCAGCACAGUGGAAGAGAGUAACAAGUUUUACAGAGAUAACAUUAAAGCUGGCCAGCAGGGUCUUUCCGUGGCCUUUGACCUGCCCACUCACCGUGGAUACGACUCUGACAACCCCCGUGUUCAUGGUGAUGUGGGCAUGGCCGGUGUAGCCAUUGAUACAGUGGAGGACAUGAAACUGCUCUUCGACGGCAUUCCCCUAGAGAAGAUGUCUGUCUCCAUGACAAUGAAUGGUGCAGUCAUCCCGGUGUUGGCUAUGUUCAUUGUGACGGGUGAGGAGCAGGGUGUGGGCAAGGAGAAGUUGACUGGCACCAUUCAGAACGACAUCCUCAAGGAGUUCAUGGUGCGCAACACCUAUAUCUUUCCUCCGGAACCCUCCAUGCACGCCAUCGCUGACAUAUUUGCCUACACCUCUAAGAACAUGCCCAAGUUCAACUCCAUCUCGAUCAGUGGCUACCACUUGCAAGAGGCUGGAGCCGACGCCAUCCUGGAGCUGGCCUACACCAUUGCCAACGGACUGGAGUACUGCAGAACUGGGCUCAAAGCUGGCCUGACCAUUGAUGAGUUUGCACCCAGGUUAUCCUUUUUCUGGGGCAUUGGCAUGAACUUCUACAUGGAGAUUGCCAAGCUGCGGGCUGCCAGGCGCCUGUGGGCCACGCUGAUCAAGGAGAACUUCCAGCCCAAGAACUCCAAGUCCCUGUUGCUACGGACCCACUGCCAGACCUCGGGGUGGUCCCUCACUGAACAGGACCCAUACAACAAUGUGAUCCGCACGGUCAUCGAGGCCAUGGCGGCAGUGUUCGGCGGCACCCAGUCCCUCCACACCAACUCGUUUGAUGAGGCGCUAGGCCUACCCACCGUCAAGAGUGCCCGCAUCGCCCGCAACACCCAGAUCAUCAUCCAGGAGGAGUCGGGCAUCCCCAAGGUGGCAGACCCGUGGGGUGGCUCUCACAUGAUGGAGGCGCUCACUAACGAUGUCUACGAUGCUGCGCUGAAGUUCAUCAAUGAGAUCGAGGAGAUGGGGGGAAUGGCGCGGGCAGUGGCUGAGGGUAUCCCCAAACUGCGCAUUGAGGAGUGUGCUGCCCGAAGACAGGCACGCAUCGACUCCGGGUCAGAGGUCAUUGUUGGAGUAAACAAGUACCGUCUGGAGAAAGAGGAGACGGUGGAGGUGUUGGCAAUCGAUAACACCGUUGUGCGCAACAAGCAAAUUGACAAACUUAAAAAGGUGAGAGAGACUCGUGAUCCUGAGGCUGUGAAGAGAUGCUUGACGGCCAUCGAAGAGUGCUCUCGCACCAGGGAAGGCAACCUCUUGGCAUUGGCCGUGGAGGCAUCCCGGGCAAGAUGCUCUGUGGGUGAGAUCACUGAUGCCAUGAAGACCGUGUUCGGAGAGCACAAGGCAAGCACGCGCAUGGUGAGCGGCGCUUACCGCAGUGAGUUCGGCGAGUUGGAGGAAAUUUCCCUGGCCCACAAACGGGUGGUGCAGUUCAAAAGUCAUGAGGGCAGAAACCCGCGUCUCCUGGUGGCCAAGAUGGGGCAAGACGGCCAUGACCGGGGGGCAAAGGUCAUUGCCACAGGAUUCGCUGAUCUGGGCUUCGACGUUGACAUUGGACCACUCUUCCAGACGCCCCUGGAGGUGGCUCAGCAGGCGGUAGACGCGGACGUGCACUGCGUCGGAGUAAGCACGCUGGCGGCCGGCCACAAGACGCUGGUCCCCGAGCUCAUCAAGGAGCUGAGGAACAUGGGCCGUCCUGACAUCAUGGUCAUCUGCGGCGGAGUCAUCCCACCCCAGGACUAUGAGUUCCUGUACGAGAGUGGGGUGUGUUGUAUCUUUGGGCCAGGGACCAGAAUCCCACAGGCAGCUGUGGAGGUCGUCGACAACAUUGAGAAAAGUCUGGAGAAGAAUCGGCAGGCCAUGUAAACACACAAGCUAUAUUUAGAAUGCUGGAAUGUGCUGUGGCCUUCUGACACAAGUGUUUAGAGAGAAUGUUUUUUUUAUGUUUGUAGCAGCAAGGGUUGAGAUUUAAUACAGAAGCCAGAAUAGACUUGCCUCUUUCCACUGGUCUGAACUGCUCUGAAUUCAUACUCAUCAAUGCCAUCACUCUGAACACUUUAAUGACUGUUUGUUUGAAGUAGCAAGGGAAGAUAUUUUGUUCAUAGGCUAAUGUGUACUUCUGUCUAUCGAAGCGAUUUCUGACUUGGCAGCCAUUUUUGUAAAACAUAUUUUCAAUACUUACACAUGAGGACUUUAUUUUAGUUUUUGGGUUGAACAUGAUUUUUGUGACAUUUGACUAAUUUCUAUGUGUGAGGUCAAUGAAGAUGCUGUAGCCCUGUUGUCUUUCCACUGAACCGAAUCUUGGCAUCAUUCUGAAAUACUAAAAUGUUGGUUCAUUUUCAA